AUGGCCACAAGCAGAAAUGGAAGAGGAGGAGAAGAGGAAGCGAGUCAAUUCACAGCUGAACUCGGCAAAACCCUAAAAGAAGGGGAAAGACUCCUCGCUCCGACCCGAAGACCCGACGGUUCCCUCCGCAAGCCCGUACGAAUUCGGGCGGGUUAUACGCCUCAAGACGAAGUCGCCAUUUAUCAAUCCAGAGGCGCUCUUUGGAGGAAGGAAGUGGAAGCCACGCAGGAGGUGCCGCCGGGGUAUGAUUCGGCUGUGGUGGAGGCCAAACCUAAGUCCAAAUCGGCUAAAAGGAAUGAGAGAAAGAAAGAAAAACGUCAACAGCUUAAUAAGCUUCUUGUCGUGUUAUUCUCUAAAGAAUGCAUUGUUUAUAAUCCAUUUAUUAUAGAAUUGGAAGUACAUGGUUAUGCAUAUUCGGACGGCAAGGGAGACGAGAUCGACGAUGAAGAAACCGAAUCCUUAUGUAGAGAAACUUCGGAAGGUAUCAGUUUAGUAAAGCAAGACAGGAAGGAUGACAGCGAGACAUCUGAUCCAGAAGAAGAAACCGAAGAGUGCAAAAGGGAAUGA